GUGAAAUUUCAUCAGAGCUUCACCAUCAUUCACGCCGCGACUAGCUCAAUCCACACCAUGACCUUGGAGGCUAGACUCAACCAACGGGAUGAUUCCCCCGGCGAUUCCCCAGAUUGUUCCCCAGACGAGUCAUCACCACUUCUUCGACAGGCAUGUGAUGAGCAACAAAUCGCCAGCCAUACCAGCGUAUGGUCGGAAGUAUGGCUCAUCUUUCAAUACUCGGUGCCUCUAAUCAUCACAUAUCUCCUCCAAUACUCGUCGACUGUCAUCACGACCAUUGUGGCGGGACACCUCAGUCCCGAUGACCUCGGUGCUGCAAGCAUUGGCCUCACGACGAUGAACAUUAUCGGCUACGCCAUGAUUGAAGGUAUGGCCACCGCUCUCGACACCUUGUGUGCCCAGGCGUAUGGUUCGGGUCGCCUGACCAAUGUGGGACUGUACGUUCAGCGUAUGCUCGUAUUGAUGGCCGUCACCAUGGUUCCGAUUGGGAUUUUUUGGAUGUGUUCCCCUUGGAUCUUGCCCCUCAUUGUCAACCAGCCUCAAUUGGCUGUCAACGCCGGCGUGUUUCUUCAAGUCAGCCUCAUUGGCCUUCCUGGAUAUGCCUUUUUCGAAGCAGGCAAACGUUUUCUCCAAGCCCAGGGAGAUUUCAAAGCUGGCACUGUAGUGCUCCUCAUAUGCACUCCGCUCAAUGUUGUGCUUAGCUGGCUUUUUACCAUCAAGUUGGAUAUGGGUCUCCCUGGCGCGGCGCUGGCUCAAGCUCUGUGUAACGACCUCCGGCCAUUGCUUUUGCUUCUUUACAUCCUCUUCUUUGCUCCAGAGUCUUUCAAGUGCUGGGGUGGCUGGUCACGAGAAGCCUUUAACUCAUGGGGCAUCUUGAUAAGCCUCUCAGCCGCUGGAACCGCUCUGAAUAUGGCAGAGUGGGGGGCAUUUGAAAUUCUCAUGGUUAGCACGUCGUAUAUCGACACGAACCAUCUCGCUGCACAGACGAUUCUCAGCACCAUUUCAAUCAUCACAUGGCACAUUCCAUUUUCAGUCAGCGUGGCUGUAAGCACACGUUUAGGGACUUUCAUCGGCGCAGGACUUCUCCGUCUGGCCCGCCGAGAAGCGGCACUAUAUUCCGUCGUCUUUCUCGUUGUUGGCAUCUUUGAUGGACUAGUCAUCUUCCUCUUCCGUCAUCAACUAACAUCUCUCUUCUCGAGUGAUCCCGAAGUGGUUGAGAUAGCGACAACCGCCAUGUUCACUGUGGCUGCGUUCCAGGUUAUCGAUUCCCUCAUCGCCGGGUGCAAUGCUAUGCUACGGGGGCUCGGCCGACAGUCAGUAGCUGCAUGGGUGGUUCUAGCUGUGAAUUAUCUUGGUGCUGUUCCUUUGGCUAUCUGGUUGGAACUUGGAAGCCCACACCUAAAGGUUAAGGGUAUCUGGAUUGGACUUGGAUGCGGCAUGGUGCUGAUUGCAGUUAUUGAAUGUUUGUAUAUGAAAUGGAUAAACUGGCAGGAUUGUGCAGACGAGGCCAAAGAGAGAGAAUCUGAGGGGACUGAGUAGGAUAGACAACAGUGUAUGAGAUAAAGCAUGGCUACGUAAUCGAGCGUAUUCGCCACGUACAAGGAGAUGCACUGAUGACCGAUCAUCGAUCACCUUGAAUUUCAAUGAUGCAUCAACAACAACGUAGAUCGACGUCAACACUUCACUGUA